AUGGUGGGUUGUGCGAUUUGCUUGGCGGACGAGCGCAGCGAUCCCGCGUUCGUGGAUGGCUGCUUCCAUGGCUUCUGCUACCCCUGCAUUCUCACGUGGUCGGAGGCGAUGCUGGCCUACUCUUCCACCGGCGAAUUCCUGCGAUGCCCAAUCUGCAAGGGAGGUUAUGAUUCGCUCGUCCACGGCGUGGCCAUGGAGGACGGGGUGAGUAUCUUCUCCAGGCACUGUCUCGUGCAUCCCCAUCGGAGCACGCACAAGCUCGCGCUCACGCCGGCACAGAUGUGGCGGCGCAAGCGCUACAGCCAGGAAUUCGAGGGGGAUGUCGUCAGGGCGGCUGGGACGGGGAGGGAUUGCAGCAAGUACCUGUGGGAUUGGAUCGUGAGGGAGGUCCAAGCGCUGAUGCUAGACAGAGAUGUGACGCUGGUGGCACAUCUCGUCAAGGGGGCAUUGGAGAGACUGCUGAGGACAAGUGGGAGAAAGAACCUGAGCGACAUGGCGCGAUCCCCAGCGGCAGCCAUGGAUUGCGAGAGAGUGGUGGCGCCGCUCUUGGAGCCUUUCCUCGAUCGAGACUCCGGGCGGUUCGUCAAGGAGAUGAUCAAGUACCUGGCGUCGGGACUUCCAAUCGACGCCUAUGAUCGCCAGCUCCAGGGAAACGAAAAGGAUGCGAUGAUGGUGGAGGAGAACAGUGAUCCCGACCUCGCAACUAACGAGAAGAGAGGAGAUCAACGCGAGAAUUUCGUAUAUGCUUUCGUAUAUGCAAACUUCGAAAGCGAUACUGCUAUAAAUCCUCUGCCACAAUCUCAGGAUUCCAGCAGCAAUCUACACGAUGGGAGAAACAAGAGUUCUUUAGGAAGCGAUCACGCCAAGGAGGAGCUGAUCGAUCGAUAG